GUCCUCGCUCCUCCUUCUCUAUUACAGGCUUCAGCCAGCGAGCAGUGGCAGCGCAUUUUUUUGAAGCAAAAUGAUGGAGAGCAGAACGAAACACUGACCAGAAAAACAACCAGGAACCGACAUUACCUGGAAAAGUAGAAAAAGAAGAAGUUGUCGGACAGAGAAAGACACAUAACCCGGAUCAACAGUGGACUGUUUGUUUCAAAGAGGAAAGCGCUGCGAGAGCUGAAGAAACUACAAUCUGACUGGAAGCUGGUUCUUCUCCUGGACAAGCCCUCGAUAAACUCAGAGUUGCGACAUCCAUGGACUUUGCUGUAAGAGCGGUCAUUGUGGGUCAUGGAGCCUCCAAUAGUUCAAACAAACCCCGCUGCUGGACUCUAGUACGGAACAGACAGCAGCGAUGGGAUUACUGAGGGUAACGACACCAUAAACCAGGGCCACACAUCACUAUGUAACCAGUUUAAGAUGGAGGAGACAAACUGGUUUACCUGCACUGUACUGAACUGGAGGAGGGGCCUGUUCACACAGGAAGAAUAACACAGGUGGAGAAGUCGUCCUGAAGCUGGUUGUGUGAUAAGAAGCUUCUCUGGAGGUGAAGUGAAGUGUUGUCAGAGCUGCUGAUGUCCUGAAGGACUUAAAGUCUCUCUUAGUCUGACAGGAAGAUGAAGAUGUUGCUGGUGAUGGUCCUCCUCCUGCACGUUUCCCAGCAUGCCCUGGCUGGGGUGGUGGAGGUGAAUGAGGGGGCGGAGUCGGUCCUUCUGCCCUGUGAGCUCGAUGGUAUUCUAACUAAAGAAAACCUCAGAGUCGUGUGGACUCGCAGCGAUCUCAGUCCCAGAUUUGUCCACCAGAGAGGAGAAGAAGGUGAUCUGGAAGAACAGAACCAGCGUUACAGAGGACGGACAUCAAUGAAACCUGAUGCUUUAGACUCUUUAGACUUCAGUCUCACUCUGAGAAAACCACAUCUGUCUGACAGCAGCAACUACACCUGCUCCAUCACUGAUGGAGUAAAUGUACGGAGAGUAACGGAUGUUGAGCUGAAGGUGAAAGACCAUCAGGAGGAGGUGAAGGUGACUGAGGGGGCGGAGUCUGUCAUCCUGCCCUGCAGAACAACACCUGACCUGCCCAAAGACGUCACUGUGGAGUGGACUCGCUCUGAUCCAGAUUUUAUGAUGGUUCAUGUCUAUCCAAGCACAAGCAGAGGGUCCAUGCAACAGGACAACCCUUACUGUGGCCGUACAAAGAUGAAAGAGGACCUUCUGAGUUCUGGAGACGUUAGUCUGACCCUGAAACACCCCACAGACAGAGACACGGGAAGCUACAUCUGCACCGUCUACAGAGACAAAGACAUCCUGAGACAGAAAGUAGCUCUGAUACACGUCAAAGGUCAGAGAUGUAGAUACAGAACCAUUUACAUCCUGGGCCACAGCUGUUCUGGUUCUCCUGGUUCUCCUGGUUCUGGUUCUUAUCGUCUCUCCUGGUGUUUUAUAUCAUUUUAGGUUCUAUUUCAUGUCAG